AGUUAGGAGGUUUUUUUAGUUUUUAACGAGCAUGAAACAUCACAAAAUGAAUGGAUGAACAAAAGAUGACGUCGAGCACAAAACUACAUGAACCACGCUGAGUGGUUGAUUGACAAUGCAGUUUGCAGUCGUCCGAGAGAGGCGCAAUGUCGCCGCCGAUAGUACUCGGCAAGAGGAUGAGUGGCGGGCCCGCUACCACAAGGUGAAUGGGACAUUACAGGCAGGCCUGGACGAAUUUCCAGAGGCCAGUACAGCAGUUGACGACCAGGAGGCAGGUGCCGACCAGGGUGCGGGAGUCGCGAGUAGUACGAGAAAGCAGGAGACGGGAGGAUCGGACGAGGAGCGCACUACUGCCCGUGAUGUCGCGAAGAGAAGAGAAGGUCUUCUUGCUUCUCCUAAGUUUCGCGAAGCUCUGCGAGUUUUAGAGCAUUUGACAAAAGAGGUGAAUCUCUACUGCGUGAAGGCCCAAGCGCUGCAAGGCGGUGGCAAGGAUGGGGGUGCGCGGCAGCUUGCGUGCGUUUUUCUCCAGCGGCUCGCUUCCAUCUACAGCGAGAUGGGGGAAAAGCGUCUGGCAAUGGUGUCAAUGUUCCACUUGAUAACCCUGGUGGACGGCGAGAAUGGGCUUUUACCCUCGUCCUCGGGAGGUGGAGGCAGCAGGUUAACAUCAGGCUUGGCAGCAGCUGCUUCGAAAUUAGUAGUAGGGGCUUCGGAGCAUCAAUUGUUGAGCUUGGUUGCGGGGUCUGCCCAAGAAGCGGCCGGCACAGCGCGAGAAGCGGGAGACUUGUUUCUCGCGAAAGUGUUUCUGCUGGAGGCAGCGAAUCGUAAUCGUUCGUUGCAGCUCUCGUGGCAGG